CGCUGACAUGGGUAACACGUCGAAAAGCUUGACUACGAUGGUACGACGCCGUUUCGGAACAGUGUAAACAUCCUGUUCCGGAGUCGAAAAAUGUCACCGCCGUAGAGAGGAGCUCCCUCCAAAUCAAAGAAACAUAGGCCAAACGGAAACGAAAGUCAUAAGAUUCAAAUGGAGCUUCAACAUAAGGUCAAAAUCGCUCUAGUUGUAGCUUCUUUCGCAGCGCUUACGAUCUUGUUUACAGCCAGGCGGCGCAGGAAGCGAAGGAGCGGUUCUACUUCUUGUUAUUUACGAGAUGAUCAGAAGCCUCAGUACGCAUUUAAACGUGUAUUGGCCGACAAUUCUUAUUCUGCGUUCAAGCACUUGAAGCUCAAUAUGAAUAAAGAUAAUGAUGUAAACUCGCAUCCUUACGAGUCAGAAAUAUUAUCAUUGCUAGAAAAUUCUUCGCCUGAACUCAAUUUUAUCAGUGAAAGAACAGAUUUAACUUUGAGUGACACUUAUGCUUGGGUUGAGACUGAGUCCCAAUUGGAAGAACUCGUGGAUGUGUUGAAUAAAGAAAUGGUGUUUGCUGUUGAUACUGAGCAGCACAGUCUAAGAUCCUUUCUGGGUUUCACUGCUUUAAUACAGAUUUCUACACACAAGGAAGAUUAUUUGGUUGACACUAUAGCUCUGCACGAUUCAAUGAAUCUUCUACGUCCUGUCUUUGCCAAUAGAAGUAUUUGCAAGGUGUUUCACGGUGCAGAUAAUGAUAUUCUGUGGCUACAAAGGGAUUUUCAUAUAUAUGUAGUCAAUUUAUUUGAUACUGCAAAGGCAUGUGAAGUGUUAUCCAAACCUAUGAAGUCGUUGGCCUACUUACUUGAAACUUACUGCAGGGUAGCUACGAACAAAAUGUUGCAGCGAGAAGAUUGGAGACAACGACCCUUAUCUGCAGAUAUGGUGCAAUAUGCUAGGACAGAUGCCCACUAUCUCCUAUAUAUUGCAAACUGUUUACUCUUUGAGCUGAAACAGGUUAAUGAAAACUCUUCCACGGAUGAUAAAUUCAAUUUUCUUCUCGAGGCUAGUCGGCGAUCAAACAUGACUUGUUUGCAACUCUACUCAAAAGAGACUGAAGGUUCUCCUGGAGAGUCUGCUGCAUCAUCAAUAUCGUCACGUCAUUUAAACAGUCAAGGUGGUAGUGCGUUAAUUUCCUGUAAAACUCAGUUUCAGGAUCGUGUGAGGAGGUUAUGUGCUUGGCGAGACUUAAUGGCCCGAGUUCAUGAUGAGAGCCUGAGAUAUGUCUUGUCAGAUCAGGCUAUUUUAGCUAUUGCAAUUCAAGUGCCAAAAAGUACGGGGGAGUUAUAUGCAACUAUAGCACAAGCUGAUUUGAAUGUGGAUUUGAGUUCAAGUCCGUUUCUUCCAUCUCCCUCCUCUGUUGUUUGCAGCCAUUUGGAUGAUAUCCACUGUCUCCUCCACGACAACUUUGGCGACCUUGAUAGAUUUUUUUUGGGGAUUUUACAGAACUGCAUAGGUUCUAAUGGCAGCUGCCCCCUUUCUAUAUUUAAUUAUGCACUAUUGGUUAAGUAUAAUCUAAAAAUGAUGACAAUAUCUAAACACAAUGAUAGAAAAAACGCAAAGCAAAUAUCCAAAAAAGCGUCUAGAGAGCUUUUUGUGCAGAAAUUUUCCUGCAAGUCUCCAGUUUAUCACAAUUGUAGGAUUUAUGCAAAUGAUGGACGCUUGCUUUGCUACUGUGAUCGACGAAAACUUGAAUGGUACUUGCGCCGAGAGCUGGCUGAGCUUGUUGCUGAUGAUCCUCCUGCCAUAAAGCUUCUUUUUGAACCUAAAGGCCGUCCAGAAGACGAGGGCAAUGACUUUUAUAUCCAGAGUAAAAAAAAUAUAUGUGUUGGCUGUGGUGAAGGAAACCACUAUUUACGCUAUCGAAUUAUCCCCUCAUGCUACAGAAUACACUUCCCCGAGCAUUUAAAAAGUCAUCGUUCUCAUGAUAUUGUCCUGCUCUGUGUGGACUGCCAUGAAACUGCCCAUGCUGCUGCUGAGAAGCACAAGAGAGAGCUUGCUGCAGAAUUUGGAAUUCCUCUUUUUGUUCGUAGAGUGGUUGAUACUAAGGAAGCGUUUGAUAUGGCGGCUGAGCCAUCUGACUCAGAAACCAAUGUUCAUGAGGAAGGCGUGUCACCUUUAGAAUUGAGAACAGCUGCUAUGGCCCUAUUGAGGCAUGGACCAAGAAUGCCAUUAAAGCGUCAAGAGGAACUCAUGCUUGUUGUCAUGAAAUACUAUGGGCGGAGGGAGAUAUCUGAAGAAGAUUUGGAAAGGGCUCUGCUCGUUGGCAUGAGUCCUCAUGAGAGAAGACGAGUCCAGAAGAAAAAAGGUCUGGCUUUCAAACACUCACCACAGAGUGUUUUUCCAGAUGCUGAGCACCAGAAUGGUGCUUGUAAUAUUGACACGUCUACUGUGGACAAUUCUUCAGUUGAUGUUAACAAUCACAUGAACUCAGAUAGUGGUAGCGUGUCUGAUACAUGUGGGCCUGGUGGAGAGGUCAGCUUUUCUGAUAAUGGCUAUGCUAAAACUGCUCAACCAAAGUUCAAUUCAAAACUAUCACUCUUGGGACAUGGACCACAUGGUAAACUAGUUGUGGAUUAUCUACUGAAGGAAUAUCACGAAGAUGGCAUCCGACAGUUUUGUCAAAGGUGGAGACAAGUGUUUGUUGCUGCUAUUCAACCUCGUUUCUUACCCGCUGGUUGGGAUGUCAAUCACAGUGGUAGAAGGGACUUCGGCGAAUUCAGUUUGUACAAUCCUAAAAAGAAAGCUUCCCCUGCUAAUGAGCGAACAAUUUGAAGUACUGCAGCAGUGCUAUGUUGCAUGUAUUGCUAGCAUCUUAUUCUUUGCUAGGAAUAACUGCAUCAGUGCUCAUGUUGCAAGUAAAAUCUCUUCAUAUUAAUGUUACACAUUCUAUUUUAUGGUCUUUGAAUUUCUCUAGCGCUGAGGAGGUUGAUUUAUUCAAUUUUGUGCAGAUUGUCUGUAUUAUAAGAUUAAGAUGGCGGCCUUCUCUUUGUCCCCAUCUUGUGAGCCUUUCGUCAUCUCGCUUUUACCUUAUUGACUCCAUGCUUGGUUUGGCAUCUUUUUGA